AUGAAUUUGCCCAGUUCUUUUCCUCUCGUCAAACACCAAAAAUUGGGCUGUGGUGCAGUGAACGAGCGGUCGAGACAUCUUGUGUCGACAAUGGCAGAGCCUACAAACACUCCCAUGCCGGCAAGCACUCCGGUACCGGCAUCAACCCCGCGGUCAAGCUCCCCGCUGCAACAGUACUCAAUCCCUAGCUUGACACCCAAUGCGACGACAGCCACGAUCCCUCUCUGGCCGUCAACUACCUCCUCACCAGAUACUGCGACUCGAAAACCACAACGACCGAUAGUCCUUCAUAUUGGCGACCCGAUCAAGUACAACCCGGACACCUACGCCGAGUUCAACGCUGCCUUUGAGGUUAUCCGGCCGCCCACCCCCGAGCGCGAAAGAAACGAGCUCAUCCGCGCCCUGAAAGAGAAAAGAUGGGGUCACUUUAGCGCCAUUUUCCGUCCAUUCUGGGGCACAGGAGGAGAGAUGGGACGGUGGGAUGCUGAGCUCAUUGACCUGUUGCCUUCGUCGGUCAAAGUUUUUGCGAGCGCGGGCGCCGGGUUCGACUGGGCGGAUACCAAACUCCUGGGAGAAAGAGGGAUAAUCUACUGCAACUCGGGCCUCGCCGCGGCAGAAGCAGUAGCGGACUUUUCCGUCGCCAUGAUCAUCUCGACCUUUCGACACCUUCCGUGGUGCAUGAACGCCGCUACGUUUCCCUACCUAACGUCCUCGAGCGAUGCCAGGAGUACCUUUCGGGAAUGCCACGCGAGAGCCACGGCUGCUAGUCACAACCCACGAGGGCAUACGUUGGGGUUGAUCGGGUUUGGGAAUAUAGGGCAACAGAUAGCUGCUAAGAUGGGGAAUCCGGCCUUUGGGAUGAAGAUUGCUUACUAUGACGUUGUGAGGAAACCUGCUGCUGUCGAUUCUGAGCUCAGAGCUACAUUCUACGAGAAGUUGGAAGGCCUGAUGAAGGUAUCGGACUGCGUGGUGUUAUGCACGCCUGCUUCUGCGGACGGGAGACCGAUCAUCACUGCUGAGACGUUUGGCUACCUACGGCCAGGGACGAGGUUUGUGAAUAUUGCACGGGGGUCGCUUGUGGAUGAGGAGGCGUUGGCGGAUGCGUUGGACAGUGGAGUGGUAGGGGCUGCGGCGUUGGAUGUUCAUAUGGAUGAGCCCAGUGUGAACGAGAGACUGGUGAGGAUGGCGACUGGCUUAGGGUUUGAUGACAGAGGCCAGCAUCCGGGGAGGGUAAUGUUGACGUGUCACAACGCUGGCGGGACGGUGGAGACGCAUGUCGGAUUUGAGGAGUUGAGUAUGAGGAAUAUCUUGAGGGUGGUGAGGGAUGGUGGAGAGGCGGUUACGCCGGUUAAUUUGCAUUGGUUAAGGGAGAAGAAGGGGGUGUAA